CUUAGGUGGAUUGAGUGAUUACAGUGCCGCGAGUGUUGUGUACAACAGCACCGUGAAUGUCAGGCGCCUGCCUUGGCAUCAUCGUUUGACCCAGUGACUUGCGCCGCUUUUCGUUCAGUUAUCGUUCGGCUUUCGCUCGUGCAACACGCAAGCACGAGACGGUCGGGACUGUGACCAAGAAGUGUUUUGGUGAAUACCACUAAGCCUUUUAAGCUAUGAAAAGGAGUGUUUUGUGACUCUAUGUAGUGACAAUAUUAAUAAAAAAAGUUAUUUAAGUGAUACUUAGUGCCUUUGAACCCUGAAAUUGUUCGUCAAAACCCUCGUAAAAGAAGCAUGUCACUUGUACGCUGCUUAGCAACGCUCAACCGUGCGGUCCUCGGCGGUGGUGUGUCAACACUCUUAGCGCAUCAACCUACCAUCGCCACAAGAGCAGCAACACAAUCGGCCUCUAUUUUUAAUUUUCUCAAUCGCAAUCACGCAACGCACCAAACGCGGACCAGUUCCGGUACGGUGCGAAACGCAUCGUCAUCCGCGCCACCUCUGCCCGCUGAUCGCGAGACCGGUGAAGAUCGUCGUGCGAGGACAAAGUCCGGUUUGGUAGAAGAGAACCACCACACUGUAGCGACGUCAUCAGCGCCAUCCUCGUCGUUGCAGAUAAGCGAAGCCACCUUCGAUGCGAACCGGUCGCGUGUAGUGGUGACGGUCCUGCUCGCCGAUGAUGGUGGCGCGACGGAGCAGCGGUACGAGUUUCCCGCCGUUUGGCUGCGCGAUAACUGUCAGUGUGAGCGGUGCUUCCACGGCGGUUCGACGAGCCGCGUGCUCGACUGGGAACGGUUCGAUGUGGACGGGGUGAACGUGGUGCGCGUGGGUGUGCUGGACGGUGGGCGCUCGCUGGAAGUGCAGUGGGGGGAUGGUGAGGCGCAUGGGCGGUCGGUGUACGAGUUGGGGUGGCUUUUGGGCAGAAGCUUCCGAGGCGCCGAUACGGAGCGGUAUCUGCGGGAAUGGUAUCGUCCCGAGCCGGUGGUUUGGGGUGCGGCCGGGUUCGGCGGGGUGCUGAAGGAGUUUUCGUUCGAGCAGGUGCUGGCGGAUGAUGGAGCGCUGCGGCAGUGGAUUGAGGCGUUGAUUGCGUACGGCAUGGUGAUGAUCAAGGGAGCACCACUGACGGAGAACGAGUGUCGCCGGUUGGCCGAUCGGGUUGGAUUCAUCCGUAAAACGCAUUAUGGCGAGGAAUUCAUCGUGAAGGCAAAGGAAGGCACCAGCAACGUCGCGUACCUUUCCACCCCACUGCAAAUGCACACCGACCUGCCCUACUACGACUACAAACCGGGCUGCAAUCUGCUACACUGUCUGGUGCAAUCGUCCAACCCAACCGGCGGCGAAAACCUCAUCGCCGACGGGUUUUACGUUGCGGAGCAGCUCCGCCAGCACCAUCCGGAGGACUUUCGGCUGCUGAGCGAAACGUUGGUCGACUGGAGCGAUCUGGGCGCGGACGAAGCGGGCACGUUUCACAGCAUCUACCGGGCGCCCGUUAUAUGUAUCGACCGCGAUGGACGCUUGGAGCGGAUCAAUCACAGUGUGCCACAGCGCGACAGCCACUUCAGCGUGCCGAUCGAUCGCGUCGAACCGUGGUACCGGGCGAUGCAGCGCUUCGUGAAGAUCCUGCACCGGGAAGCGGUCAGCUUCAAGACGGCCCCGGGCGACAUUCUUACGUUCAGCAACGUUCGGAUGGUGCACGGGCGGACGGGGUACACGGAUACGGCGGGAAACACCCGGCACAUCGUCGGUGCGUAUCUCGAUUGGGAUGAAAUCUACUCCAGGUGGCGCGUCCUCAAAGCCGCCGCCGUUUCGGAUAGGGAAGGCAAAUGAAAGUGUGAGAAAAACAGCACAAACGGGGGAUAAGUUUUGUUUUUAAACUCGUUUUUUUUUAAUUGAUAUUUCGCAUUCCUCCUAUUUCUUCUUACUUCUGCGCGCGCAGAGAGGGGUGUGGGGGGCUGCGUUAUAUACGGUUGCGCGCCCCAUUAAUUAUAAGUAAACACAAGUUGGAACAAUAAUUCUGUUCAGCGAACGAGAAAAGCUCACCUAAAAGAACUUGAAUUAAGGAAAUAGAGGGGAAGGAGUAUCUGUGUCUGGGUUAUUCUUAUAUUGCGGUUGCGUCCCGGGACACAUCUAAGGAUUAUAUGUGUAUAGGCAUGUGUUAAGGGCGCAGGCAGGCUUUGUAUUAACGUCUAUAAGAGAAAACGAUGCGGAUGUGUUGAAACAGAUUGACACAAACACAUUGAAUGUGAGCGCACAAAAAAAAAAAACAAACAAAAUAAGAAACGCACUAAAUACACAUUCCCGUACGGUACGGGAAGAGGGGCCGAGAAAGAAGACACCUAUUAAAAGUAAUAUAAUAAGAUCUAGUUCUACAACAA